AUGGACUCUCAAGAUCAAGGUCCUUGGGAGGUGACGGAGAACAGCUGCUACGUCGCACUCACUUACGACCUCCUCGAUGCUGCGGCCAUCAUGGACCGGGUGCGCUCACCACAGGCCGGCGCCAUUGUCCUCUUCUCCGGCACCACGCGCGACACAUUUGGCGACAAACCUGUCAAAGAGCUGCAGUACAGCGCGUAUACGCCCCUCGCCCUUCGCACAAUGAUGUCCAUCGCCAAGUCCAUCCUUCAGAAGCACGGUCUCAAGGGCGUCGCCAUGAUCCAUCGGCUCGGCACCGUUCCCAUUGGAGAGGAGAGCAUCCUCAUAGCAGUGUCCUCGCCGCACCGGCAGGCAGCGUGGAGAGCCGGCGAGGAGGCCCUGGAAGAAUGCAAGGCCAAGGUCGAAGUCUGGAAAAGGGAAGAGUUUCAUGGCGAGGAGGGCGUAUGGAGGGCAAACCGGGACGGCAUCGCGGGCCAAAAGGUCACCAACGAGCAGAAUGCUCCCGCAGAGCAGAAUCCGGAUGCUGCGCCGCCCCCUGCGUCUCUCGGCCCAAAUUGCUGA